AUGCGUCGGGUCUCGUUCAAUGGGCGGAAAAGCUCGCUGCUUAGAGAUGACUCCGAGGUGCUCGCUAUGAUCCAAGACACUUUCCAUCAUCUGGUCCAGACAAGAGUCCAAAAUGGGCUUCCGCCGAUUGCUAUUACUUGCUUUUUUGAGGAAUUACCAUUAAGGGUUGUGGGAGUUGUUGUUCCAUCUCAUUCCGCUAUCCUGCCUGGUCACACGAACACUGGUUUCACGGCUGUUGCUGGUGAGCUUCUUCGAUGGAUGAGGGAAUCUUCCUAG